CUCAGAUGGAUAUUCUGACAUUCUUUCUGAUCUUAUAAUUAUCAUCAUCACUUCCAGUGUAACAUGAAACAUUCCAUCUGAGCCUAGGUAUCCGCUAUCGACAGCGUCCGCACUCCUGGUUGGCACCCCACUGCCAAACCGCUGCACAGAGCAAGUCCCGGUGCAACAACUCCUGCCGCUCUCUGCACUUCCUCCUUUCCCCCUUCCCAUCCCUGACUGCCAUUCGAGGCCCGUUGCUUUUGUUUUUGCUUUUUCCAAUUUCUUCUCCUUUUCUUCCAUCGUCCUGCGCCCUUCAUUUGCCUGUCCUCUUUGCAUGGCAAUCUGAACUUGUUCUCCUUACUGAGGAAUCACGUCGCUGCCCAGUUCUCGCAGCUGAAACGAUCUUCAAGACGGAGACUCUCCAUCAUCUCACCCCUUUCGAACCCUCUCGACGUCUCGAUUCACCUCCAACCUAGUCGCUUCUUUCCUUGACUCCCUUUCCUGCUGGUCGGACGGAGUAUACGUGCGUGAGCGCAGCGCUGGGUUCCAGUCACCGCCAAAUUCAUCCACUUCUAUCAACAGAAUUCUCCGUCCAUCGUUUCGGUACUCGUUGUGGGAAAGAUAAGGAGGUCGCGUCCGACGUCCCUUCGUUUUCGUCCGUCAAUCCAGAAGGGUACAUAGCCGUCCACGCUGCCGCAAAACCCGCCAGAGUCGACUUGACGAUCCCGCUAUCUCCCCCGUCUCUUUCCUUUCCACCUUCUGGUUCCGGUCGGGCCACGCCAUCACAUCGCGGAGGCCCAUGUCCGAUACUUUGAUGUUCGCUUGUUAUUCCCGUUAAACUGAUACCCUACCUGGUCUGCAGCGCGGAUUUCGAGUCUAAAGCGGGCUAAUCGAAAUGGCCGACCCCGCAUUUCAUACUAGCGGCCCCGUCGCCGAGGACAAUAUCAUCAACCGUCGCGGCGGCGAAUCCAUCUAUCAGAGCUGUAUGAAUUUGAAGAAGAGACUUGCGGAAGUGCCAGGUUUUGAAGCUCAUCUUGUGGAGAUGGAAGCCGAGGACCGCGCCAAGGGAAUCACAGAUCCUGUGGCUUCUCUGUGGAAUUACCUCAGAAAUGGCUUUCCUCUGCUGAGCAUUUACAAUGCCACCGCUCCGGACGAACCGCUAGAGCUCGAUUACACAAAGGUAGCUGAGGCCAAACGCCCAAAGGCUGCCACUUUUAAAUUCCUCCAGGCAUGUCUGCAGGAACUCGCGUUUCCACAGCAGGACUGUUUCCUGAUCACUGACCUGUAUGGCGAAAGUACGACAGGAUUUAUCAAGGUGAUCAAAAUGGUGAAUAGAGUUCUCGAUAUUUUAGAGAUGCAGGGCUUGUUGAAGCAGUCGUCAGACCCUUCACCACAGGUACCAAAUGCGAAGGGGGCUGUGAAGUUGACCAAGAAAGAGCACAUUCUCAGGGAGCUGUUGGAAACGGAACGAGAUUAUGUGCACCACCUCCAGAAUCUGCAAGCUUUGAAGAAGGAGCUCGAAGAGACUGGUACCUUGACUGGAGAUGCAAGUCACCAGAUCUUCCUGAAUCUCAACAACCUCCUUGAUUUUGCACAGCGGUUCUUGAUUCGCAUGGAGCAACAUGAUGCCUUACCGGUGGAAAACCAAAACUGGGGCCAACUUUUCAUUCAGCAUGAAGAGGGUUUCCGGCAGUACGAGCCUUUCAUUUCAAACCAGUUGCGCUGCGAUGAGACUUGCCUAAAGGAGUGGGAAAAGAUACACUCCGCCCCUCGCACCAUUGAUCUCCAGCAGAUGGUGGCCCAACCUGCAACACUUAAUGGCUUCUUCGUUAAGCCCUUUCAGCGGUUGACCAAGUAUCCUCUGAUGCUAUCGGAGCUUUACAAACAAACUGAGGAUGCGACUCUCAAAGAGGACAUUGCUAAAGCAAUUGAUAUUAUCCAGUCCGUUUUGGAUUCUGCAAAUGAUGCCAUUGAUAAAGAACACCUCGCCUCUGCGCGCGUGGACUUUAUUGAGCGGGUGGAUGAUUGGAAGGCUCUCAAGCCCGACCAUCUCGGUGAUCUUUUGCGCUAUGGUACAUUCUCUGUUUUGAGGAGCGAGAGUAACAAAGAGCCUGAAAGAGAGUACCACAUGUAUCUUUUUCAAAAGAUCCUUCUUUGUUGCAAAGAUAUCAACCCAAAUAAACAGAAGGCCAAACUUAUUGUUGGAAAAGAAAAAUCCAUGCCAAAUGUGAGGGGGAAGCCACGUCUUCAGCUGAAAGGUCGCAUCUAUAUGGCAAAUGUGACUCAUAUCGUUUCCAUGAACAAGCAAGGAUCCCACAAGAUCCAGAUUGUUUGGAAUGGUGACCCAGGAGUGGCGGACAGUUUUGUGAUACGUUACCCGAACGAGGAUGUCAUGAAAAAGUGGUACAAGGAUAUCGACACGCAACGUAGAAUACAGGCAGAGGAAAGGAACGCUCGACACACCGGAACCUCGGAGACAGAGUUUAUCUCUAUGCAGAAUAUGACCGCGAACUUGACGAACCCAUACCUUCAACAGUACGAUACUGAAGAGCUAGCCGCAAAGGAUGCCGCCUUCUUCUCCGAGUUCCCCAUGAGUCGUAAUGGUUCUAACACUAGUCUGCGGGCAUGGUCCAACACCAAUGGAAGCGGCGGUACCGUUCGACCACAUCGCAUCCCAAUGCCUGAUCCGUCACUUGCCGUGCACACCCAUCAACUGUCCAGUGGUGGCCUAUCUCCUGCAGAGAGGAAUGGUGGUUCCUACUUUUCUCCCGUGACAGAUGCUUCGUCCAUCAGGUCAAGUGCGCAGUCCCCGGCACAUCCGUAUGGCCGCAAAGCGUCUUCCCCGGGCAAUUGGAAUGAGGAUCUCAAUCGCCAUACCGCGCCUGCGAUGUCUCGAGCAGUGUCGAAAGACAGUACCAACGGGAACGGCUAUUUUCAUCACCCACCGAAUGGCCGCCUCCCGCAGCGACCCUCACUGCCUCCGCUAUCAGGUCCGCAGUCGUCCAAUGGUCUGUCACAGAGAAUGCGUUCUGCGAGUAGCCCUGAUAUCCAUCAUCACGCUCGGUACUUGGCUACAAUGCAAACGGUUGAUAAUGUCCCUGUGCCACCAAUUCCCGCACAUAUGGCGAACAGGAUGGCGCCGGUUAAUAGAAGUCACAGCAACUCUCCUAGCAACAGCAACCUACCAAUUAGGUCCGCUGCUCCCUCCCCCAACCCACAGCCCCACCCUGAACAGAAUCAUAUGCAGCCCGGGGCGUUCCAUGAACUCCAGUAUUCUGAAGGCAGGACUGCUACAUCCCCGUCCUCCGAGCAUCCAACGUCUCCAUUGAGCCAUGAGCCGGAAGAUGGAUCGUACAUGCCCACACAGCUGAAGGCGAAAGUGCAGAUUGAUGAUAAUUAUGUCACUUUGGUUAUCGCUAGCAACAUCCUGUUCCGUUCGCUAACUGACCGAGUGGACGCCAAGCUCGCAAGAUUCACGAAUCGGUCUAUUGGUAAUAAAUCCGUGAGGCUUCGUUACCGGGACGAAGACGGUGAUUUCGUUACGAUUGAUAGCGAUGAAGCUGUUCAGUUGGCUUUCAUGGAAUGGCGUGAACAACAUCGCGACUUGCUUGCUAAAGGCCAAGUUGGGGAGAUUCAACUCUACUGUCAAGCAGUUGAGAACUAGUUUUGCAAGAACUAUGUGUGAACGUGCAUUUUCAUUGGAGUUCUUGAUUGUCCUUUCCCCCCCCAAUUUCUGUUUUUCUCUGCUAGGGGCGGGACGAGUGAAGCAUUCUAAUUUUCCAUGGCAGCUCCGGCGUUAUCUCAUAAUGAAGGCCGGAGUAAGGCCGUGGCGUAUCUGGGGGAUUUGCAAUAAUGGUCUUUGCUUGGUGAUCCUCAUCGAUAAUAAUGGCCUCGAGGAGCAAGUGAACCGCUAGAAUAUCUAGUCUGCGGGCUAUUCUUUCCACUGCGGCGUACAACUUGUCAGUUGUCCCUCUCUGCUCAGCAUACUGUUGUAUCCUUGAGAGGGCUUGCGACGACUCUGUUUCUUUUUCCCGUGACGUUCUAUGAAAGCAUGACUGUAUGAGCUUAUUAUUAUUCCCCAGGGUGUUUAGACAUGAGGAUGUACCUUUUUUUGCAUCUACAUUAGAGGCGACGAUGGGUUGACUUUGUUUUGAUAUUUGUUUUGGAUUUCUCUUUCUGUUAUCUUUCCCUCCAUCUCGCUCUCCAAUUUAUCGUGGGAUAAUAAUUAUGUGACAGUUGGUUUUUUUGCCUAACAGUUUCCCGAACUUGGCUAGGUAGCAAUGGCCCACGAAUGAUUAUUCCGACCGACUUGGUUUUCCAAUAUGUCACGUCACGUUUCAGACGCGUCCCCUUAAUUUCUGGUGCUUGUGCUGUGCACCGUUCUUGAUGAUAGUUGCAUGACCCGACGAUUAGGUUCAAUGGAGCCGCGAGGAAAUAAUAGUAAUAAUUCAUGUAGGAUUCAAGUGUCACUGCAUAUGAUUUAUUGAAAGGAUUCUUCAGGAAGUUUCCGGGUUCUUACCGUCACCUCAUGCUUGUGACAUGUCUUCUGAUUGUUGCUAGCAGUGUCUGUCUAUAGCAUCUAAGCAUUGGCACAUCAGGGGUUACAAGUGUGGCUUUGAUAGAUUCGAUGAAGUUGAAUAUCAACAGGCUUCCGGUUUCUUCCAUAUCGGGAGAAAUAGGAACAGACUUGAUGCUCU